AUGAGUGGAGAGAGUACGGGGCGAGACAUCGCACCCUCGCCUUCUCCCGAGUCCGCGGGCAAAGCACCCAUGUCUUCCCCAAACCAAAUCGAUUCAACCGGCCCUGAGUCGCCCCCCGACCAGCCGGCCACUAAUGCAGCUGAGAUCCAGGAAUCAACCGCCGGCGCAUCCUCUCAGCAGGCUUCUUCCUCCACUGCUCCAGCUUUGAAUCAACCAGAGGCCACUGGGGGCUCCAGUGUUUCCAAGAAACACCAUCUUUCAAUUCCAAUUCCAUCGCGAAGGUCCUCGAAGGCGGAUAAGCAAUCGACCACUGGGAAGACCGAAGAAGCGGCGCAGGAGGCAUCCUCACGGAGAGCAUCCAAAGUAAGCAUGUUGAGGGUUGGAAGAGAGCGCAGUCGUGCGAGUAGUCGGCAAUCGCGACGGACGCAGGACGUGGCGAAUGCCGAAAAAGCACAGGAGACAAACACCCCCAGCACAACUGAAAUGAAUGGCUCCUCAAAGCCAGAGAAGAAGAAAAGCUCCAAGUUUCUCUCUUUCCUGAGCUGCUGCUCUUCGUCCGAUGUCGACGGCGACGACUCGGCCUUGCCCCCUAAGAAGACCGCCAUGCGACCCCCCGCUUCGAACCGACUGCCAACCCCCAACAAAGCGGAAGCCCAUGCCGGUGAUUCUAGCACAGCGGAGUCCAGGGAUCCGACUUAUUUGGAUGAGAAAGCGAACAUGUCGGUGACCGCAGAUCAACCUCACCCGCAGGAAGAAGAGCUUACUGCUGCCACGGAGUCGCAGGGUGAAGGAGCGUCUGGAGGAGUUGGUUCAUCUGAUGUUCCUCCGGUGAGCUCGAAGGAGCACGAAGGAGCUGGCGCGAUGGCCAAUGGUGUAAUAGCCGAAUCGAAGUCGGAUGAAGCUCACCAGACCGAUGAGAAGGCUAUAGCCGCUGAAGAAACGCCUGCUCCCGAGCCGACUCCAGAGAAGGCCAAGGCCACAGAGAGCCAAGAUUCUUCACACCAGGAGGAUGUCGUGCAGACGCAGACUGUGAUACCUCCUCCCCCGCCGCCGCCAGCCCCUGAGGUCGCCAGCGAUGCAGGUGAACAGCAAUGGCUGCUCCCGCGAGCUUUGCCACACCUGUCGAACAGGAAAUGUCUGGUCCUGGAUCUCGACGAAACACUUGUACACAGUAGCUUCAAGGUUCUUGAGCGUGCCGAUUUUACCAUCCCAGUUGAGAUUGAGGGGCAGUAUCACAACAUCUAUGUCAUCAAGCGGCCUGGUGUGGAUCAGUUCAUGAAGAGAGUUGGUGAGCUGUACGAGGUUGUGGUGUUUACCGCAUCGGUUUCCAAGUACGGUGACCCUUUGCUCGACCAGUUGGAUAUUCACAACGUUGUCCACCACCGUUUAUUCCGGGAGAGUUGUUACAACCACCAGGGGAACUACGUCAAGGAUCUUUCGCAAGUUGGCCGUGACCUUCGGGAAACCAUCAUCAUUGACAACUCCCCAACUUCCUAUAUCUUCCACCCUCAACACGCGAUACCCAUCAGCAGCUGGUUCUCUGACGCACACGACAAUGAACUCUUGGACCUCAUUCCCGUUCUCGAGGAUCUUGCUGGGGCGCAAGUCCAAGAUGUCAGCAUGGUCUUGGACAUCACCCUGUGA